UGAAAAUUGGGCAGAGCGCGAAUACGCUGCUGAUCUUCGCAGCUUAGCCCGAGUCGCAAGGAAAUGUGUGUCUCUAUUAUUUAACAUGAAGCAUGUAAUACAGAGAUAUACAUUUGAACAGAGGAGCCCCUGCGCGUCGUGCUUUUUCAUUGGAGAGCUCACCUCAUUUUUGCCUGGCGUUUGUUCCACCUUAUAAACACUGCUGUUGAGCGGUUGUCACACAGGCCGCAAAUCGGGUUCUGUUGCUAGGAGGAGACCUCAGAGUCGCCUCCCUGCUAGCAUGAUUAGCUGGCUAUGAUGUGUCGCUUUGGCUGGUGUAUUUUGUACACAGCGGACAAGCGGACAACAACGGGGCUGGUCCUUGGAUAAGUGGUUUACCCCGACGGGACAAAAGGGUGACUUGGAAAUACACCACACCUUUCAAGGAUGGAUGUUGACUUGUGUGCUGGCGGGGACAGUACCAGAAGAAAAUUGGAUUUGGCAGGGGCCUCGGAAGGCACUAUGGACGUUGUACCUUUGGAGAUGUACGACUCUGCCCGAGCAAAAAUAGCUGCCAACCUGCGGUGGCUGUUUGCCAAAGCCUAUGGCAUUGAUCAUAUUCCAGAGGAUUUAAGGGACCCAUUCUAUACAGACCAGUAUGACCAAGAACACAUCAAGCCACCAGUCAUUCGUCUGCUACUGUCCUGUGAACUUUACUGCCGCGUGUGUGCCCUCAUCCUCAAGACUGAGCAGGCAGCAUCUCUUCAGUCCCACCUGUCAGUCAUCCAGGCUUUGUCCCGAAAGGGCAUUUAUGUUGUGGAGAGUGACGAUACACCUGUCACAGCGGAGGACCUGGCCUGCAUGCCUAUCAAAAUGAGUGCGCACAUGUCAAUGAUUGAUUCCUUGAUGAUGGCCUACACAGUGGAGAUGAUAAGCAUCGAAAAAGUGGUGGCUUCUGUCAAGCGCUUCUCUACCUUCAGUGCCUCUAAGGAGCUGCCCUUUGACCUGGAGGAUGCUAUGGUCUUCUGGAUAAACAAGGUGAACAUGAAAAUGAAGGAGAUUAUAGAAAGGGAGCACAAAGUCAAGCACCACCCCCUGGAGUCCCCCAGUCACCAAAAGUCUCCCUCCAAAUGGUAUUGGAAGCUAGUCCCUGUACGGUAUCGUCGGGAGCAUGCUUCAGGUCGCCAGCUGCCCUUCUUUCCACUGCUGGAAGACCUGAUGAGGAAUGUUUGUGAUGGAGCUCCACUGCUCACGGUGGUCCAUUACUACUGCCCAGACAUCAUGAAGCUGGAAGAUAUUUGCCUGAAGGAAGUUCCCUCUAUUGCUGAUAGCCUGUAUAACAUCCAGCUCCUCAGAGAGUUUGCCAACGAGUACUUGAAUAAAAGUUGCUAUCUGACAGCGGAGGACAUGCUCUACUCCCCACUAGUGCUCAAGCACAAUGUGAUGGUGUUCAUCGCUGAACUUUUCUGGUGGUUUGAAACUAUCAAGCCGGAGUUUGUCCAGCCCAGAGAUCUCCAAGAGUUUAAAGAUGCUCGAGCCAUAGCUCAUCCCAAGAGUGCCCGCCCAUCUGUGCCCAUCUCCAAUGCCACCAAGCGCAGCUUCCUACCUAGUCCAGGCAUGGCUGAAAACCAGAGCAGCCCUGAAGUCUGUAACAGGUACUUCCUGCACCAUGAAGACUCUGACCCCCUUAAAGGGGGUCCAACGUUUAGUCCCUCUCACCCUCUCUUGCCCCUGAGACAGAGACAACAGAAGCAGCAAGGAGAGGACAGUGCUGGUCUGAGAAACCGUUCAAACUCUCUUACUCAAAUGGAUGGAAAACAAUCCAGAAGCUCUGUAACGUUGCCUGACAAGAGACAAAGACCAGUCUCCACUCUGAGCCCCUUCAUGUUGCAUUCAGCCACAGACAGCGAUGCAGACAUGGCGUCUGUCGAUAGCGUGAGUCUUGCUCGCUCAAUUAGCAAGGACAGCCUGGCAUCCAACGUCAUCAACGUAACUCCCAAACACCAGACUUCUGUUCACCAACCUCCACACGCUGCCAUACGCAGAGUCAAUGGCCACAACCUGCUGAGCAACGUCAACAUUGAAGAUGAGGAAGAAACUCUGGUGGCGGCCGCCAGGACCAGUUCCAAAGCAGCUGUUACAGUUGGACUCAAAGCAUCCUCAGACCCCAAUCCUGCGUCGGACAGUUUUUACUUAGAGCCACUAAUGCCUGCCAUGCUCAAAACGGCCAAAGAGAAGUCUGUAUGCCUGAACAAGGAGGAGGAGAGUGGUGAGGUAAGCCGGUCUGCAGGUAGAGGCUCUUUACGCUUAGAUGGAUCUACAGCUGCCGUUCGAAGGAAAGCUCCUUCCACUCUGAACCAAACAUUUACUCCUACCACUGAGGAAGAAGAGGUGUCAGGUGAGUUGCAGCGGCAGCCGGCCGAUUUCAGAUCUACACUCACCAGCAGUUUGGACUCAUCCAAGGAGCCAGCUGAAGGUUUCUACCUUCAUUCAGAUACUGAGGAACCAAAGGGUGACCAGAGCCUGGAUGCUGAGCUGGAAGACCUGGAUGAGGAAGAAGAAGGUUUGGAUGAAGCUCUUACUACUAAAGACACAAGCUAUCCCAGGAAAGCAUACAACGAAGAAGAAGAAUCUGCCAAGCUCCAAGAGGAUAUGAAUGUGAAAGAACACGAGGACAAAGACUUUAACGGGGGCAGCGGUCGGUCUAGCCCUUGUCUCAGCACACACUCACAGAGCAGCAGCAUGGCCAGUGGCAGCGUGCGCAUGACCUCCUUUGCUGAGCGUAAAGCCCAGCAACAGCGCUUUGGCAGCAACCAUGACCUACGCUCCAGUGCCUCCAGCUCCCAAAGGACCACUCCCGAUGGAUCAGAGUGCAGUGGGCCCCUGGCUUCUUCCUGGAGAGUUAAAAGAGACCAAAGCCCCUCCUCUCCUUUGGGAGGAUGCACACGUGCAGGUGAUGGCAGCAGUGGCGUGAAUGUACUGGCUUCUGAACUUGUUCAACUCCGCAUGCAGCUCGAGGAGAAACGACGUGCCAUUGAGCACCAGAAGAAGAAGAUGGAAGUGCUGUCAGCAAAGCAGAGACAGAAGCUGGGCAAAGCGGCCUUUUUGCACAUUGUAAAGAAAGGUGGAGGAAAGAGCGACACAUUACCCAACCCACUUAAAGCUGACAUAUCGAAAGCUGAGCUUAACGGGGAGAAAGGACCAUCAAGUAAAGAUGACAUGUGUGUUGAUAAAUUAAGAGGAGAGAAGGAGAUGGAGGAGGCUGUCCCUCCUGGUGCCUUAGAAGCAGAGAAGAAAGGGAAUAGCGGAAGCUUCUAUCUAGACGAAGAAUUGGACCUGAAUGAGUGCAGCCGCUCCAUCGAGCUGCUGAAUGAAGCCAUUGGCAGCAUCCAGCAGCAGAUGAUGCAGCUGUCGCUGCAGCAAGAGAUGCUGAUGAAACAGAAUGUACAGUCUCCACCCGGUGCGACUCCACCUCCUCCUCACACCAGCGAUAAAAACGGUGAUUUGAAGACUGGGUCGAGUUUUCACUUUGUGGAGCACCUCUCUGGUACUGCUCCGACUAGAAAACCCCCCAAGCUAAGCUCAGGACGUAGCUCUAGGUCCAAACCAUCAGAGCUGAAGAUAGCUAAAGAGCAGAGCAGGCAGGCCUUCAGGACCCCCACUCCCACCCAGAGUGGGUCAGAGAUGUUACCAAACCCAAGGCAGCUGGCUGGGGGCAGGUCCCCCAAGGCCGAACAACCCAGACACCCCACAGCUGGAGAGACAAUCGACAGGCCAGGAUCUGGCCAUGUCCGAAGCGCCACCUUCCGCCUUCAUGAUGAAGCAAAUUUGCGCCUGCCGACCCGGGUGGAUCUGACGUCGGUGACCGCCCCAGAAGUGUCCUCUGAGUGCCUGUCCAGUACCCCGAGGGAGUCUGAACUCGGUUCCUCAGAUGGUUUAGGGAGAGACAACUCAUCAGAGGAGAUGCAACGCAGCAAAUCCCACCUGAUAGAGGUGGACCUGUCAGAGCUGAACCCAUGUGAGGAAGAGGAGGGUCCUGAGGACAAAACAACAGAGGAUGGAGAAGGAGACCAGAAAGCAGUCAUGGGCUUCUUCUUUAAGGAUGAGCAGAAAGCGGAAGAUGAACUUGCUAAGAAGAGGGCAGCGUUCUUACUGAAGCAGCAGAAGAAAGCUGAGGAGGCUCGAAUCCGUAAACAACAACUAGAAGCAGAAUCUGAACUCAAACGAGAUGAAGCCAGGCGGAAGGCCGAGGAAGAUCGUUUGCGUAAAGAAGAGGAGAAGACGCGGCGGGAGCUGAUAAAGCAGGAAUAUCUGCGGAGGAAGCAGCAAGAGAUGUUCGAGGAGCAAGGCCUUGAGAAGCCCAAAACUCCCAAACCGAAGCAAAAACACAAACAUAAGUCUGUCUUCAGAGAAGAAUCCUCUGGUGAUCAUUUCUCCAAGUGCUCUUCCACACCUGACAACCUGAGCAACGCCCAGUCAGGCUCCAGUCUGUCUCUGGCAUCUGCAGCUACAAACGAGGCCGACAGCGUCAACUCUGGAGGGGCUGGCUCUCAGCGCUGCGACUCUGUGGAGUCGUUUCCAGGCAGUCGGAACAACAGCCGAGCUGCAGAAAGAGACUGGGACAACGGUUCCACUGCAUCUUCCAUCACCUCCAUGGCUGAAUACACGGGCCCCAAACUCUUCAAGGAGCCCAGUGCCAAAUCAAACAAGCCAAUCAUUCAUAAUGCAAUCUCUCACUGCUGCCUGGCUGGCAAAGUCAACGAGCCCCAGAAGAACCAGAUCUUAGAGGAGUUGGAGAAGUGCGAGUCCAACCACCUGAUGAUCCUGUUCCGUGAUGGCGGCUGCCAAUUCCGAGCGCUCUACUCGUACCACCCCGACACCGAAGAGAUACUGAAGGUGACGGGCACCGGACCCAAGAGCAUCAGCAGGAAGAUGAUCGACAAGCUGUACAAGUACAGCUCGGACCGAAAGCAGUUCACCGUCAUCCCUGCCAAGACUGUGUCAGUCAGCGUGGACGCCCUGACCAUCCACAACCACCUGUGGCAGGCCAAGAGAAGUGCUGUGCCAAAGAAAAGUGGUAAAUAACAGGCUGGGUUUCAAGCCACUAUCACUGAAAUCGUUGUGACUCCAUAUUGCUUGUUUCCCCAAAGUACUGAAUUGAAACUCACCACCAAGCUGGCCUGGGAAUCUACCAAGGAGAGUCCUCAUGUGGGCAUGUGGGCAUCUGUAGAUUGGACCUAGGCAGAAACAAGGGAAGAUGUAUAUGCGUGAGUGUGUGUGUGAUCUGAGGAGGGACUGGUGGUUGCAACCCUGUGAUGUCACUGCAAUGAGUUCGGGUUUAUUUUGGGUCUGGCUACUUUUUCAGGCGACCAUGAACCAAGCAUGUGGCAUUGUUGUUUUUUUCCUCCCAUAUAGUGAAUGUUCAUUUUUACAUGAAGUAUUUAUUAGUUCAGCACUGUCACUGUUGAGAGUUCCACUGCGGCACUAAAACCCUCCCCACGUCUCCAGGAAUGCCUGGGGGGGGAUCCUGUCUCUCUCCUUUUUGAAAAUCUUGAACAUGGGACUUUUAUACGAACCCUUCAGGACUGCUGGACUUCUCUGCUGUCCCAACAACGAUCUCUCCCCCUCCGCGGACUGUCCAAUCAGGCUGGCAUUGCCGACUUCUGCCUCACCAAGAAUCUCCAAAAAACAAAACAAA